UGAGUUUUUCCAUUUUAGACAAUAUUUCUCCAAAAGUGUGGGAUGUAGUGCUUUCUUUUUAUGCAAAAGCACUUACAGUUAAGGGAAACAAAAUGAAACCGGAAAAGAAAAAGGAUCUGCAUAAACUUGAUAGUUGGUAUCAGAAUGAAUUGCCAGACACAAUACAAGGCCGGAAACCUCGGCACAUCACCCAGGAAGAGUUGUGUAAACUCAUGAAAUGGAAACUCACUGUAGGAAAAUAGACAGCUUAUGUUUAGAAAGCAGAACAUUAUUUAAUUGCAGAGGGAAGUUCCGUCCCCGUCUGACAGAGAUGGUAGCCACAAACAGCGAGGAUGAGGUGAAGUCCGCCAGCACAUCAGCAUUUGCAGCGCUACCUGAUGUUCCCGCGGCAAUCCAGGCCCUGACUGUGCUGAAAGCUGUUGGACCUGCAACUGCCUCAGCCAUACUUGCAGCAGGUGCCCCAGCCAAGGCAGCCUUCAUGGCGGAUGAGAGCAUGGCUAUGUUUCCAGGGCUACAGCCAAUCAAAUAUGACCUUGCAUUCUACAAAACGUACAUGAAACAUGUGACACAAUUGGUGAAACAACUGAACAAGGAGGGCCCAGAUAUAGGUUGGACAGCACACAAGGUGGAGCUGACCCUGUGGACAUUCCAGAUCUGCAGGACCCUGGACACUGACCUGCUUGACCAGAUGACCACUGCAGUGGACAAGGUCAAAUACAGUGUGGACAAGGUCAAAGAUGAAUCAGUGAAUGGUGUUGAAAAGGCCAAGAACACUUCCAGGAAGGUCAAAGACAGUGUGGUCAAGGAAGAAUCAGUGGAUGGUGUUGAAAAGGCCAAGAACACUUCCAGGAAGGUCAAAGACAGUGCAAAGACCAAUGGCAAGGCCGUUAGUGGUGAACCUCCCAAGAAAAGAACCAAGACUGCAAAAUGAUGGACUGUGGCAAGACAGAUGAUAUGACCUCAAAUUGAACAAUAAUUUCUGUUUGAGAAUAUCUUUGUUUUAAAUAGUUUGUUAAGCUAAGGCAAUACGCUUCAUAUUGAGAGUGUAAUUUUUUUUUUCUGCCUUGCUGGUUAUAGGGUGACCGAGGUUUUUCUCAGAUGUUUUGUUAUUCAGUUUCAUCAUAAAAAAGAUGGUUCAAAUCUACGGAAAUGUAUGAAGAACUAUGGAUCUAUUUUUCAAAGUUAGAAAGUGCUGUUGUCAGCAGCGAUAUUCCUUGCAAAAUCUUUAACUUUACUCUUAAAAAGUUCUCUAAACUGUUCAAUAUAUAUAUAUUCCAUUAAAAUGUGGUGCAAAUGUUUCAAGAGGAAAUACAAACUUGUAUACCAAAGCCUGUAACUCUGGCAAUAAUCUUUGUUGAGUUAUGCCACUUUGUUUGUUUAGUUUUGUUGUCAAUAAAUAAAUUUAAGUAAUCUUA